AUGCUCUUACGACUGUCUGCUCUACUACCUAUCCUCUUCCUUGGGCUAGCUUGCUCGGCCAACGCCCAGCACCAGCAAAUAGCCGGCAGCUCUCUCUACCCAGAAGAGCUCAUUCCCCUCAUCACCCGUGCUGACGCCCUCCUCACUGCGGGUCAGUUCAAUGACGCCGCGCAGGCGUAUUCGGAAGCCAUCGAGGGCGCCCAUGAAUACCUACUCUAUUACAAGCGCGCCACCGCCUACUACUCCUCUGGCCGCUAUGCCUCAGCACUCGCGGACUUCGACCAAGUCCUCACCCUCACCAACGGCUCCUUUGACAAGGCGAACCUCAUGAAGGCGCGCAUAUACGCCAAGGAAGGCCGCUGGUCGGAUGCCCGCGACUCGCUCCGCAAGUACACCACCAAGGUCAAGGGCGACGCCGCGUCGCAGGAGGUCAUGAUGGCGAUCACCGACGGCGAAACCGCGAGCAAGAAGGUCUCGCAGGCCAUCCGCGCGAAGCUCUGGCAGGCGUGCGUCGAAGCCGCGACCUCGGCGCUCGCGACCGCGUCCCACUCGGCGAAGCUUCGGUUGCAGAGGGCGGACUGUUCUAUCGCGGCGGGCGACAUGGAAGGCGCGGUGGCAGACCUCUCACGACUCGCCCAACUCACGACCCCGACGACAUCCCUCUGGCUGAAGACCGCACGCAUCGGCUACUUCCUCUUCCCCUACAACGCUCCCGACGACCCUUCCUCUCCCGCGCUCCCCACUAUCAAGCAGUGCCUCCACUACGACCCCGACUCGCCCAAAUGCUUGAAGAUGCACCGCCUCUUCAAAUCGUUCGACAAGUCCUUCAAAGCCCUCGACAAGGCACUCAAGUCCGAGGACUGGCGCGCGGUCAUGAAGCUCCUCCUCGGCGCGGACCUCUCCGGCACCGACGGCUUCGCGGCGCAGUACGACGCCGCGCUCGACGAGCACGUCACCCGCGACGCGCUCGAGCUGCACCCGCAGCUGCACCUCCCCGACGGCAAGCGCACGUCGCCCCGGCGCGCGGUCCUCCUCAGGGCGCUCUGCCGCGCGUACGUGAAGACGAACCAGGCGAAGAAGGGCGAGCAGUGGUGCGGGGCGCUGCUGCAGAUGGAGGGCAGGGAGAACGACGCGGACGGCGUGAUCGGCUACGCGGAGGCACUGUUCAAGAAGGAGGAGUGGGAGGAGGCGGUGCGGGUCCUCGAGCGCGCGUUCGAGGCGAGCGGACGGCAGGACCGGGAGAUCCACCAGCGGUACGUCAAGGCGCAGAAGCUCCUCAAGCAGUCGCGCCAGAAGGACUACUACAAGGUCCUCGGUGUCGCCCGCGACGCGGACCAGAAGACGAUCAAGAAGGCAUACCGGAAAGCGGUGCUCACCGCGCACCCCGACAAGGGCGGCUCCGAGCAGAAGAUGGCGACGGUCAACGAGGCGUACGAGGUCCUCUCCGACCCCGAGCUCCGCCAGCGGUUCGACAACGGCGACGACCCGAACGACCCGCAGGCGCAGCAAGGCGGCGGGCCCUUCCACCAGGGCGGCGGCUUCAAUGCGGGCCCGUUCGCGCAGUUCUUCCAGCAGGGUGGUUUCGCCGGCCAGGGCGGCUUCCAGUUCCAGAGCGGGUUCCACUGA